CAGUCGGAGGACGAGGGCGAGGAUCAGCUGCAGCAGCAGAGCCGAGCAGAGCAGAGGACGGGAGCAAUUCGGAGGUUUUGCUCGUGGAUUGACAGUGUGGUUUGUCAAGAUGCAAGGCUCGCUGUGUCUGCAAUGUGGGCAUGCGAGAGUUGUGGAGUCCUCCGUGCUUUCUAGUGGUCCUGCCGCUGCGGCUUCCGCCCAGAAGAAUCAGCCGAAGGCGAAUGCUGUUGGCUUUCGAGGGAGCGAAUUUUGUGCUUCUCAGACUUCGUCGUUCAAUGGGAAAUUACGCGCUGCCUCUCGACGCCGACAAUACUCGCCUCUCAAGGUUGAGGCCGUAGAUUAUCCCAGGCCGGAUAUUGACGGAACCGUGAAUUACUUAGAAGCCGCCGCUCUUUCUGCCUACCUCGGCACAGCUAAAAGACCUGAGAAGCCCUUGAAAGUCGUCAUUGCAGGCGCAGGGUUAGCAGGUUUAUGCACCGCCAAGUACCUUGCAGAUGCAGGUCACAUUCCUAUCCUCCUGGAAGCUCGCGAUGUACUGGGUGGAAAGGUCGCUGCCUGGAAAGAUGCCGAUGGUGAUUGGUACGAGACUGGCCUGCACAUCUUUUUCGGUGCGUAUCCAAAUAUGCAGAAUCUAUUUGGAGAACUUGGAAUCAACGACAGGCUGCAGUGGAAGGAACAUUCUAUGAUAUUUGCUAUGCCAGACAAGCCCGGAGAGUUCAGCCGUUUUGAUUUCCCGGACGUACUUCCUGCUCCUUUGAAUGGUGUGUGGGCCAUUCUCAAGAACAACGAAAUGCUUUCUUGGGAGGAAAAAAUCAGGUUUGCUAUUGGUCUUCUACCUGCAAUCGUUGGUGGUCAAAACUAUGUGGAGGCCAUGGACAAGUACACCGUGAAAGAGUGGAUGGCCAAGCAGGGAGUUCCACAGCGAGUAAACGAUGAGGUGUUCAUCGCGAUGUCGAAAGCCCUUAACUUCAUCGACCCCGAUGAUCUUUCCAUGCAAUGUGUGCUUAUUGCUCUGAACAGAUUUUUGCAGGAGACACAUGGAUCGAAGAUGGCUUUUCUAGACGGAGCACCGCCAGAGAGAUUGUGUAAGCCAAUUGUGGACCAUUUUUCUGCCCUUGGUGGCGAAGUGCGCUUGAAUUCUCGUCUUCAAAAGUUUGUGUUGAAUGAAGAUGGAACUGUGAAGCACUUCCAACUGCAAGACGGCACAAUCGUGGAAGGAGAUGUUUACGUUUCAUCCAUGCCUGUGGACGUUUUCAAGCUGCUUAUUCCAGACCAGUGGGCAAACAUUCCAUAUUACAGAAAGCUCGACAAACUUGUUGGAGUACCUGUUAUUAACGUGCACAUAUGGUUCGACAGGAAGUUGAAAAACACUUACGACCACUUGCUUUUCAGCAGAAGUCCACUCCUAAGUGUUUAUGCCGAUAUGUCAACGACGUGCAAGGAAUAUUAUGAUCCAAACAAGUCCAUGUUAGAGCUAGUAUUUGCACCUGCCGAUGAAUGGAUCGGUCGUUCAGACGCAGAUAUCAUUGAUGCUACAAUGAAGGAAUUGGCAACUCUCUUCCCGGAUGAAAUAGCAGCGGAUCAAAGCAAAGCCAAAAUUCUGAAGUACCACGUCGUCAAAACCCCAAGAUCCGUUUACAAGACGAUACCCAAUUGUGAACCCUGCCGGCCUUCCCAACGGUCUCCAAUCCCACGAUUCUACAUGUCUGGUGACUUCACGAAACAAAAGUAUCUUGCAUCUAUGGAGGGUGCUGUUCUGUCGGGGAAACUCUGUGCCCAAGCUAUUGUACAGGAUUACGAGAAACUAGCUUCACCGACUCCCAGUCUGGAGAAGCAGAAAACUCUGGUCUAGUGCACUGAGGUUAGUACAUUGUAAAAGUGGGUCAAAUUCAGGGCCAAGAGAUUUCGCCGAUGUAAUUUAGUCAGUAUUGAUCAUCCUGAGUAGUGACGAUCAAAUAACGGAAGUUACGUCCAUCUCACAAAAGAUCUGAUGGAUACCGGGACAGGCUGAGAUCAUCAUCUGUAAAAUGCCUACUGAAUUAGUUCUAGUGGAGGGUCUCCAGUUAUUGUGUAGAAUAAUCAUUGUUUAGAAACCAUUCGAUUAAAGGAAAAGGAAAAGAUUUUUGACUUGUCACGC